AGAGUUUAUAAACUUAUAUAUAAGCGGCAAGAAAGAAGUGCAAAGCCGUGCAGAAGCAAGAAGGUUUGUAAGGUAAUUAUCUUUGAGAUUAGCAUUAAUUGAAGAUCAUGGCAACCCCAGCUCAGAUUCCACCUAAUGACUUUACAUAUAUCUGGUCGAAUGCUUGGAACACCCAGCCUGAUGGGUCAAAAUAUUAUUCUGGGGGAAGCUACUUCUUUAUUGGCCAACGCGGAAAGGUCCGAGAGCUUGGUCUUAACCCAAACAGCCCAUAUAAAUUUUCCUAUACAUUUAAGUAUAAUCUAAACGAUCCCAUCCAAGUUACACUACUUGUUAAGGGCAAUGGUUCGUAUACAACCAAGGAUGCCGUAAUUUUUAGCUCUGAUCAUCUUAUAACUCUUGAGUCUGAUGAAAUUAGCGUUGGUGAAGAAUCUGAUUAUGUUGAGAUAGCGGUGUUAAGCAGUGAAGUUAAAUACAGGAGGGGGAUUUACUUCUAUGGCGUCAAUCCAUCAUCAAAUAAAUAAUGGAGUGUCAUUUUCGUAAUGAAAAAAUAAAGAAAGAUCAAUACCUUGUUUGCUUAUUGAUCUUUCAAUCAAGUAUGUUUUACUAUUAUGUAUAAGUUUCAUAUAAUAAGCAUCACCGCACUCUUUUUUUUCCAAAAAGUUGUGCAAUAUGUAUUGGAUGCAUGC